AGGCGCCGCGCUAGCGGAUUGGCCACGCGGCCCCGCAGUCGGCGCUGCGGCUCCUCAGUGCGUGCGUGGCGCUCUGGCCCGCUGGGUUGUCUCGGCGCGGCCCGGCCCGGUGGAGCGGCACGAUGUCUGCGGACUCUGGAAGUUGCAGUCAAUCUGGGGGCCAGCAGCAAAGUUAUUCAUCAUACAGCAGUCAAGACAAUCAGAAUUAUGGAGAAGGGCAGGGAUAUUCUGGCUAUGGACAGAGUGAAGAAAGUUCCUCUUAUGGACAGAACUAUGGAAGCUAUCAUGGAAGCUAUGGACAAAAUCAAGCAGGUUAUGGACAAACUUCACAAGGAUAUAGCAGGGGUUCAAAUUAUGAAAAUCAAAAUCAGAGCUCAUAUGGCCAACAGUCUUAUGGCAACCAGGGACAACAAAAAGAAUCAUCUGGAGGUAGAAGAUCCUCUUCAUAUGAACAGAAGUCAAACUAUGAUCAGUCGUCUGGCUAUGAGCACCAACAAGGCUCAUAUGACCAGCAGUCCAGCUACGGACAGCACCAAGACUCAUAUAACCAGCAGUCUGGCUAUGGGCAACACCGGGGUUCAUAUGAUAAGCAGUCUGGCUCUGGACAGCACCAGGGUUCAUAUGAUCAGCAGUCAAAUUUUGGGAAGAACCGAGGUUCUUAUGAUCAGAAGUCAAGCUACAGCCAACAGCAAGGCUCAUAUGGUCAGCCACAGCAAUCCUAUCAAUCUCAGCAAAAGGCAAACUACAACCUCAACACACAAGACGAUCGUCAUGAAAAGAGUAGGUAUGGAGAAGAGAAUAGAGGAUAUGACAGGUCACAGGGAGGAGGUAGAGGGGGAUAUGACAUGGAUGGAAGAGGUCAUAUGUCUGGAUUAAGUGGUGGUGACCGUGGUGGCUUCAAAAAUUUUGGUGGUCAAAGGGAUUAUGGACAGAAAUCAGAUGCUGAUACAGAGUCCGAUAACUCUGAUAACAACACCAUCUUUGUGCAAGGACUCGGAGAGGAUGUUUCAACCGAUCAAGUGGCUGACUAUUUCAAGCAAAUAGGUAUUAUAAAGACCAACAAAAAGACUGGCAAACCUAUGAUAAACCUCUAUACAGAUAAAGAUACUGGGAAAUCAAAGGGAGAAGCAACAGUGUCAUUUGAUGAUCCUCCUUCUGCUAAAGCAGCUAUUGACUGGUUUAAUGGUAAAGAAUUCCAUGGCAAUGUUAUCAAAGUUUCUUUUGCAACCAGAAGACCUGAAUUCAUGCGAGGAGGUGGUGGUGGUGGCCGUCGAGGUUCACGAGGUGGAUAUGGAAGAGGUGGGGGCUUCCAGGGUAGAAGUGGGGAACCCAAAAAUGGUGAUUGGGUUUGUCCUAACCCGACCUGCAGUAACAUGAACUUUGCUCGUAGGAAUUCCUGUAAUCAGUGUAAUGAGCCCAGACCAGAAGAUUUGCGACCAUCAGGAGACUUCCGUGGGAGGGGAGGCUUUGGAGGUGAAAGAGGAUACAGAGGACGUGGUGGUAGAGGCAGUGACCGGGGCAGUAGUUAUGGUGGUAAAAUGGGAGGAAGAAAUGACUUCAGAAAUGACCAGCGGAACAGACCAUACUAAAGACCACUGCAAAUGUUCCAUUUGUCCUUUUGAUGCGUUUAGUAGUGAAAUUGCCAGUUUCACCUGCUGCUUUGCCCUUGGCAUCUUUUGGAUAAUGGAAUAACACGAAACUGGGUUCUUAGUUUCAUGGGAGUGACUGGGGCAGUUUUUGGUUUGGGAUUUUUUUUUUAAGCAAGUCCAUUGAAAUUGUUAAUUUCCAACGUUUUCCCAUUUUUUUUUUCCUUUCAACUUUUCAACUGGAUAAACUGUAAAAUAUUGCCAAAAUCUAACAUGUUUUGUAAGACAGCAAUAAAAGCUGAUUGUUUUAUUUGGGAAAUCUUA